UUUGUCUUUCCGCAGCCUGUGGAGGCAACGGAUGAUGCCUUUUGGGACCAGUUCUGGGCAGACACAGCCACUUCAGUGCAGGAUGUAUUUGCCCUUGUACCAGCUGCGGAGAUCCGAGCAGUGAGAGAAGAAUCGCCUUCAAAUUUGGCUACUUUGUGUUACAAGGCCGUGGAGAAGCUGGUGCAGGGAGCAGAGAGCGGCUGCCACACGGAGAAGGAGAGGCAAAUUGUCUUGAACUGCUGCCGGCUCCUCACACGUAUCCUGCCCUACAUCUUUGAGGACCCAGACUGGAGAGGUUUCUUCUGGUCAACUGUCCCUGGGGCUGGCCGAGGAGGGGGGGAUGAAGACGAUGAAAAUGCCCGACCACUGGCUGAAUCGUUGCUUCUUGCUGUCGCAGAUCUGCUCUUCUGUCCUGACUUCACUGUGCAGAGCCAUCGGAAGAGCACAGUGGACACAGCAGAGGAUAUCCACUCCAUUGACAGCUGUGAGUACAUUUGGGAGGCAGGUGUGGGCUUUGCGCACUCUCCACAGCCCAACUACAUUCAUGACUUGAACAGGACGGAGCUGCUUAAGCUCCUGUUGACCUGUUUCUCUGAGGCCAUGUAUUUGCCUCCCUCCUCGGACAGCAGCAGUGCCAACCCCUGGGUGCAGUUCUUCUGCUCUACUGAAAACAGGCAUGCGCUCCCGCUCUUCACCUCGCUCCUGAACAUCGUCUGCGCCUAUGACCCGGUGGGGUAUGGGAUUCCUUACAAUCAUCUGCUCUUCUCCGACUACCGUGAGCCCCUAGUGGAGGAGGCGGCUCAGGUGCUGAUUGUCACCUUGGACUAUGACAGCUCCACCAAUUCAAGUCCCACUGUGGAUGGCACCACCACUGGCACGGCCAUGGAUGAUGUGGAUCCUCCAGGACCAGACAAUCUAUUUGUGAAUUAUCUCUCAAGAAUACACCGAGAGGAGGAUUUCCAGUUCAUCCUGAAAGGAGUGGCCCGCUUGUUAUCAAACCCGCUGGUCCAGACUUACCUGCCAAACUCUGCCAAGAAGAUCCAAUUCCAUCAGGAGCUCCUCGUCCUCUUCUGGAAACUCUGUGACUUCAAUAAGAAAUUCCUCUUCUUUGUGCUGAAGAGCAGUGAUGUUCUUGACAUCCUUGUCCCGAUCUUGUAUUUCCUCAACGAUGCCAGAGCAGACCAGUCACGAGUGGGCUUAAUGCAUAUCGGGGUCUUUAUCCUCCUGCUUCUCAGUGGGGAGCGUAACUUUGGGGUUCGACUGAACAAGCCGUAUUCUGUGCGAGUGCCUAUGGACAUCCCUGUCUUCACAGGGACACAUGCGGAUCUGCUCAUCAUAGUCUUUCACAAGAUCAUAACCAGCGGGCACCAGCGGCUGCAGCCUCCCUUCGACUGCCUGCUCACCAUCGUUGUGAAUGUGUCCCCAUACCUGAAGUCUCUCUCCAUGGUGGCUGCUAACAAGUUGCUGCACCUCUUGGAGGCUUUUUCCACCACGUGGUUCCUGUUCUCUGCUGUCCAGAACCACCAUCUUGUUUUCUUCUUGCUAGAAGUUUUCAACAACAUCAUCCAGUACCAGUUUGAUGGGAACUCAAAUUUGGUCUAUGCUGUUAUCCGCAAGCGGAAUGUAUUUCACCAGCUGGCCAACUUGCCCACGGACUCGCAGUCCAUCCAGAAAGGUCUGCAGCGCAAGAAGAAAACUCCUGAGCCUAUUUCUCGCACCAACUCCCAGGAAAAAAAUGAACCAGGGACAUUGAAGACAAGUUUGGUGGCUACUCCAGGAAUUGACAAGCUCACGGAGAAGUCACAGGUAUCCGAGGAUGGGACCAUGCGUUCUCUGGAGCCUGAGUCUUUGCAGCCUCUACCAGAGGGUAACCCACCCUCAGCUGUGAAUGAUGGGGAGCUCUGGAGUGGGGAGGCAUCACAGCCCCGACGGGAUCGAAGGCGUCUCUCUAGUGCAUCCUCCAGUGGGCAGUGGACCCCAACUCCUGACUGGGUGAUGUCUUGGAAGUCAAAGCUGCCCUUGCAGACAAUCAUGCGGCUCUUACAGGUGCUGGUCCCUCAGGUGGAGAAGAUCUGCAUUGACAAGGGUCUCACAGAUGAAUCUGAGAUCCUCAAGUUCUUGCAGCAUGGUACACUGGUGGGGCUGUUACCUGUCCCUCACCCCAUCCUCAUUCGCAAGUACCAGGCUAACUCAGGCACUGCCAUGUGGUUCCGGACCUACAUGUGGGGAGUUAUUUAUUUGAGGAAUGUGGAUCCCCCUAUCUGGUAUGACACAGAUGUGAAGCUGUUUGAAAUUCAGCGGGUCUAAGAGAGCACUUACCUCUGCUAAGAGAAAUACACUGGAUCUAAGGACUUUGCUGUGUGCUGCUUCAUCACAGCUAUUCCUGCAUUUUACGUCCAGCUGAGAGACCAAAAGGACAAUCGCUUCAUUACCUCCCUGUCAUUUUAAGCUUUAAUUGGGAUCUGCUUGGACAUCCCUCCCCCCAGCUCACUUCUCUUCCCUUGCCCUUCACCAUGAACCUUGAGUGAAAGAUGUCUAAGGGAUCGUCCACUUUUAUGGUUGCACUAGAAAUCAGACUGUUCUUAGCUCUUCUGUUACUCUUUUGCUCCUCGGUUUGGUUUGGAAACCAAUCUGACCCUGUCCUUGCUAUGAUCAGAGUCAACAUUUAAUUGAAAAAGACUGGCUGUAAAUUGAGUGUAAGGGAGAAGCUGCUAUUCCUGCAGGAGAUGGGAUUUUGGAAACCUGUUGUUACUUCCGUGUAGCUCCAUACAGUUUCCGGGGCAUCCCUUCUGCCUGCAGGUGUCUCCCUGGUGUCUCAGUUGCACGUUGGUAGUGAAAUCUUUCCCAGUCAAAUGAAAGGAGGAGUUAUCUUUUUGUUCUUGUCUCUGUUCUGAAUCCCUCUACUCCUUUCUUGGAAAGCUGCUUAAGGGGUUUUGCAGUAACCAGUGCUUUGAUAUGGUAUGAGAAGCUCUUCCUUGGCUUCCAGACCGCCCACCAGCCUGUCCUUUGUGGUGGGCUAUUCCAGUAGAGCAUGUGUCACUCGGGAAAGCGCUCUCUGAUCCAUUUGAGCAUGCAGAGAGAAAUGGGCUGGCUUGGUGGGAGCAAGAAGGAAGGACAAGUCUGCUAAACUCUAUUAGGCUUCUCCAGUUCACUGAAAGGACAAUGGCGUUUGGGUUUGGGAGGAGCAAUAAUCUGCCAUCUUUGCCUGGCAGGUUGGUGCAGUGUGGGGAGUGGGAGGGUCUUUUUGCACACUACUGUCUAAGGCAGUGAAGGAAGCACUCAGGGAAGUUGUAGGAGGAAUUUGAAAGUUGCAGGGGGAAAAGCAUCUCCACGUCACUAGGGAGUGGAGACUGCUGAGGCGACAUUGGAUUCUUCAGGACAUUUUGCUAGCGCCCAAGCUAUCAGAUCCUGAACGUAUUGGAUCCCAAGCAUGCAAAGUCUGAGAAGCCAGAGCGAGGGCUGGUGGGAGACUGGCUGGGGCUGAG